AUGCUGAUCAGUGAGAAAAUCAAACAGAAAAUGUGCCAGGAAAAGCAACAGGGUGGCUCUUUUUUCCAACCGGUGAACACAGACUACCCUCGGGCUUCUCUGAGCAACCUGUUAAGGUUACUGGGUGACAAGCUCACCUCAGCACGGCCCUUCUACAGCACAAAGGCCAAGCCAACGUGCCUUCUUGGGUCUCCUCAGCAGCCCUCCAUCCCCAAGGUCGUGGGAAGCCCAUUAGAGCAUGAACGCAGCCUGCUCUUCUGGGGCCUGCCCUCUCUGCACAGCGAGUCCCUAGUGGCCACUGCCUGGGUUGCUAAAAGGUCUUCAUCUAGCCGAUCUCGAUCCAUCAAGUUUAAUGAAGUUCCUACUCACAUCCCAGGUCAAUCUCUGCGGAACUUGCCCCCGUUUCUGCCUUAUACCCAGUCCCAGGCCCAAAUCCCGUGCUUUCCCCCAAAGCCGCAGCCAACCUCUCCAUCCCAGGUCAGGGUCUGUGGAACAACUUGCUCUUCAUCCCAGAAGAAGAUGCAGUCUUUUCUUCCCAAAGAAAAUCAGGACCUCGAAUGGACCCUGCAGAAGCCACAGAAAUGGAGAAAAGCUUUAGAUACUAAGCUCCGAAAAGCUCAAGAACCCAUUAUCCUACCCACACUCAACCUUCCUCAGGGCAGCCAGGCCUCUGAGGCCUCUCAGUCUGCCUCCGUCCCUUCUGGGGAUUCUCCUAGCACUGAGCUCCAGCAGAAACCACAGUGCCACAGGCCAGCGGCAUUCAGCAGAGCUGAGCGGAGUGCGGCCCCGCCCCAUCCUGCCUUCAGGUUCCUGCCAUCCCAAGAUCCCUUGCAGCCUCUGGGCAAACUCCCACGGAAGAAUCAGGGCCAGGCACAGCACAGCCGUGCAAGUACCCAGCCCACCCUGCCCUUAGCACCUACUUGUGGAAGGAACAAAACUGUCCAGAAUACAGGGCCCCAGCCCCCUGGCAGCCCCUUUAGUAAGGGUCUGGUACCCCUCAAACAAGAGGACAGAAGGAACGUGCAACAAAAUGCAAGCAAAGUAAGGAAAGAUGCAUCCCGAGGCACAGGAAGCUCCACAUAUAAAGUUCAGGGGGACAAGGGUGCCCAGAGCGACACCAUGGGGCCUGACAAGUAUGGCUCAGGAGGUCACUUCUCUAGGGUCCCACAUCAGAAAGUUUUACAAAAAGGCCUGCAAGUCCAUCUGAGCAGGAAGUUGGGGCAAAUCAACGAAGGCAUGAUCCCUGUGCGUGUGCGGAGAUCCUGGCUUACUGCCACACAUGCUUUGCCCAGAUCCAGUGACCACUUACAGCCCACCUAUUUAAAAUACUCCAAGGGUCUCGAAAAAUGUGUGAACACCUCACAGGUGCUUGCUUUCCUUGACCCCAGAACUCAUCUACUGCUGGAAGCACAUAUUAGAAACUAUCGGUUAAGGCACAAGUGGAGGGAGUCUCUCUUCCAGAACCUUGAGCUUAGAAGCACCCACGUAGGCAAGGCUCAAGCCUGGCCGCCUCCACAGCCUGCCUUUGCCUCCUCAGCCACCUGUGACUCCAAGGCUGACUGCACUGCCAAAUUAGCCACUUUAAGGCAAAAAAUUCUGGGGAAAGUUCCAGGACAGAAGGAGACAGCACAAAUGUCCUCUCCUUUCCCUGCCACCAGGUCACCUGCAUGUAAGGAAGCGCAAAGAUCUGGCACUGGGACCCCAUCUCAUCAUGCCAAUGGGCCCUCAGACGUACCCCCAACUGCACAGGGGAUUGUGCUUCCUUCUGCUGCCUGCACCCAGCAGAGCAGCACUGUUCUCAGCAUUAAGAGAGGAAGCCCAGUGCCCACUCCAGGCCCAGCAGUGGCCAAGCGUGACCCAGGGGAGGGGACUGGGAGGAUGGCCUUCAGAGGUACCUGUCACAACAUACCGAUGCUGGAAAUCAAACUGCUGUCCCCACUCUCAGUAGCCAAAGAGAGCAGGAAUCUAGAGGUGGAGGAGAAGCAGCCUGCAUGGGAAGUCACCGUAGGGGCCAGCAUGAUGGAAAAUGCUCAGAACAUCAACAUCAGCCUAAGGACUCUAGGGUCUCAGGAUACCGGUAAUCACUCCUGCUCCUCUGAUCAAGCUCCAAGUGGGAGGAGAAAAGUGGAUAGUCACCCGGACAUCAAUAUGCACGGAGAUAGAGAGAACCGGUCUCACGAUGUGUCCACUGGAAGCCUUCGAGAGUCUCACACUGAGGCGCCCCUCAGCACCGGCACCUGUCCUUCACCAGCCUCUCUGGCCAACUCCCAGUACACACCCCACAGCAACACGCCAACCCCACAGUUCCUGUGUGACCACUCAGUGAAUGCGGCGAGCAGUCAGGGACAGCAUGAGCCCAGCAUGUCCGGAUUCCAGGACACAGAAAAGAGCAGCAGCAAGCUGUCUGAACCCACUAACCAAAGUAAGAACUACAGGAAGCCCAGACCAGGAGACGAGGAGCAAACAUUGGCAGGAGAGAGGCCCUCCUGUUCCUGUGAGCUGAGCCCUCUCGAACAGGUCAGGGAAGUAGAUACCCCUGAGAGCAAGUCCUCUCCAUGCCUGCCAGAGAAGGACCAGGCUUACACUGAAAGCUUAAUUUACAAAAAGAUGAAGCACUCUCAACAGUGUCUUAACUCCAAUAAACAAUGUAAAGGGUGGGAAGACUCCAGUCAAAAGCCCAAAUCCUCAUCAGCUCCUGCUCAAAGCCAAACCUCAAUCACAAACAGAGUGGUCAGAAACAGAGAGGAAGCAAAAAUACAGAUCGUUCUGAAACUUGUUGAACAGAUUCUGAUAAAGAAAUUAGGGCUUCCCCAUGGAAGUGCUCCUUUAGGUUUAAACUCCUGUAAAGCAGAACCACCCGAAUCGGUGGGUAGGCAUUCCUGCUACCACAGGCUUCCCUCCAGCCCAGAGAAGAGGACAAUGGUGAAAGAUGUGGCUUGUGCUCAUGAUGACAGCCCCAGGGACCACAGCCGUCCCACUAAGAGAAGGUGGGUCCCAGGCAGGUUCAGCAAUCAGGCCUUGCUGCCCCAGAAUCCUGCACCCCCUACCAGUCACGGCCUUCAGAGGCCAACAGGCAGGGGUGCCUCAGAUUACUUUCGCCAUCACCCAAGCUCUUUCCAUAGAAUUGUCUUUUCUAAAAUACAACACAAGCUUCCUCAUGCCUUUUCUUCUAAGGAAAAAUUAUUUGCAGAAAAAAUGCAUUAA